AGAUUCAUUAGUUCGCCUCAUCAGUUAAAAUCAAUACCCUUGUCUUUCGCUCUCUUCUACACUACUGUUUUCUCUUUCUUUUCUUUUUAUUGUCUUUUAUGCAAACACACUUUUCGUGUUAGCGCGUUUCUUCUCCCUUCUGUUUUUCCUUCUGCCGCUCACGUGUCACCCCCGCACUCUUCAGAGAACUUUGCGGCCGACAUCGUCCCGCGCGUCGCGACACUCCGAAGGCACACACGUCUUUCUCUCAUCAAAAAAAAAAGCAUAACCAAAAAUUAUAUAACACUUCGGAUUCUCUUCCCUUUUAGUUUAUUUCCAGCCUCCGCCCUUCUCUUGCUUCUUUCGUUUUUCAGCUGGACUAACCCUCUAUUUACUUAUUGAUUCCCGUGCUCCUGAUAAGGUAACUGUUAACUCUGCCAAUCCCAAAUACGAAGCAAGCAAAAAGCCUUCUCCCUUUUCAUACGCUUCGAACUCACGUGGACGUCAGGGCCAACGAAACGAAGACCGCUCUGCCUCUGUCGACUUAACUCACUUACCUUCCGAGCGACCGAAAGGCAAAAUGCUGUACUUCACCGCCGCGGUGUUGUGUGCCAUUGGCACACUCCUGCUGCUGAACCGCGCCAUGGCACGCGUUCGCACGAGCCCAGCCCGUACGCAGUACGACUACGAUGUGAUCGUUGUGGGUGGCAGCAUCUCUGGCCCGGUGCUGUCGAAGGCGCUGUCGGACCAGGGCCGCAAGGUGCUCAUGAUUGACCGCACCCUCUUCACGAUGCCCGACCGCAUCGUUGGCGAGCUUCUCCAGCCCGGCGGCCUCGACGCGCUGCGCGAGGUCGGCAUGCAGGAGUGUGCCGAGUCGGUGGGCAUGCCGUGCCACGGCUACCUCGUGGUGGACCAGAAGGGCGAGCAGGUGGACCUGCCGUACCGCAAGGGAGCCCACGGCGUGUCCUUCCACUUCGGCCUGUUUGUGCAGAAGCUGCGCGCCUUCGUCUUCCACAACUGCAAGAACGUGACGAUGGUGGAGGGCACCGUGAACACCGUCCUGACGGAGGGGCUCUCCUUCAGCGAGCGUGCCUACGGCGUGGAGUACACGGUGCUGGAGAAGUACGAGGUGCCGCCGAACCCGUUCUGCGAGGACCCCGCGAAGACGGACCCGGCGGCGCCCACUGUUCGCAAGAUCGCCACGGCCCCGCUGAUCGUGAUGUGCGACGGUGGAAUGUCCAAGUGGAAGAGCCGCUAUCAGCACUACACCCCGGCCUCCGACUACCACUCCAACUUCAUCGGUCUCGUGCUGAAGCAGGUGCGCCUGCCGAAGGAGGAGCGCGGCACCGUUUUCUUUGGCAAGACGGGCCCGAUCCUGUCCUACCGCCUCGACGACAACGAGCUGCGCAUGCUGGUCGACUAUAACAAGCCGUCGCUGCCCAGUCUGGAGAAGCAGAGCGAGUGGCUCGUGCAGGAGGUGGCCCCGUGCCUGCCGAAGCACAUGCAGGAGGAGUUCAUCCGCGUCUCGCAGGACAAGAAGGGGCUGCACAGCAUGCCGGUGGCCCGCUACCCGCCGGGCUUCCCCUGCAUCCGCAGCUACGUCGGCAUCGGCGACCACGCCAACCAGCGCCACCCCCUCACGGGUGGCGGCAUGACCUGCUGCUUCCGCGACGCGAUCCGUCUGGCGAACAACCUCAAGGGCAUCCAGAACCUGCGCUGCGACGACGCGGACCAGAUGGUGGUGAUUGAGGACAAGGUGCAGUCCGCCAUCUUGAGCUACUGCCGCUUCCGCUACAUGCACAGCUGCUGCAUCAACCUGCUCUCCUGGGCCCUCUACGCCGUCUUCAGCACGCCGGCGCUGCGGGACGCCUGCUUCGACUACUUUGUGUGCGGCGACGACUGUGUGAAGGGCCCGAUGGACCUGCUGGCGGGUCUCGACCCCAACGUCGGCACCCUGGUCUUCCACUACUACUGCGUGAUGCUCUACGGCGUGGCCAACGUGAUGACGAAGACGGGCGCCUACAGCCAGGGCGGCAAGCAGCUCACCGGCUCGGAGAAGCUGUCGAACGUCGUGUCGUUCUUCGCGGACUGGGAGCGCAUCAAGCUGGCGUGCUACCUGCUGCUCAAGUCGACGAUGAUUGCGCUGCCGCUGGCCAAGAAUGAGUUCUUCUCGAUGUGGCGCUUCGUGGACCCCACGAGCCCCAUCGCGAUCAUCUCCAAGCGCAUCAAGAUGAUGAUCUACCUCAGCCAGUUCAACGGUAAGCAGCGCAAGCCGGUCGGUCUGUAA